AACGGAAAAGACGAAACAUACAAGACGGUUUUUCAUUUCAAAACCCCGGGGCUGUGGAAAGAACAGAGAGUUCCUUUUAUAUACCGAAACUUCACUCUGUUUGCAGCUGGCAUAAAAGCACCCGCCCUGUUCGCGAAAACGGGACCGAGAGUGACCGGAGGAGGAGAGAGAUGCCACCCCAACCUUCCGAGCCGCAGGUGAGGAAAACUAUCCUGAAGUUCCUCCAGAGUUUUUGGGGAAUCAUCCGGAUCCUGCAGAUCGUGUUCGGAGCCGGACUGUGGGUCACAAUCGCCGCGAACAAAUACGAAGGCUCCAUCCACUUCGUCCUGUUCGUCGCGGUGCUCUUCUGGCUCCUCACCCUCGCUCUCUUCUUCAUCACCGUCCUGGACAAGCAGGACCUGGUCCCGCUGCUGGGAGGGGAGCGCUGGUUGUCCACCAACCUGGCGCACGACGUGGCCGCCGCCGUGCUCUACCUGCCGGCCAUCGGCGUCAUGAUCUACAAGACGGAUCGCAACUCGUACUGCAACCUGGAGCAGUACAAGCACCUCUGCCUGUACAAGGUCUACCUGACAGCAGCCGUGUUCGCCUGCAUGUGCUGCCUGGCUUACCUCCUGUCGGUUGUUUAUGGAGCUUGCAGGAAAUGUAAGGGGGAGCAGACGGUCAUCUGAUGGGGA